AUGAGUAAUUAUACUGGCAAUGGUCACCAAGAUGACUGGGGAGGCAUGUACCCAGCAGAGACAAGAAAUGAACAAAAUGACAGUUUUCAGGAAAUGAAAGCUGUAAUGAAACAAAUUAACCAGGAUUGGGAAGAAAUGACGAGUGAAGAUUUUAAUCCGGUACCACUUUCUUUGCAAUUGCUUGAUGAUAGUUCACUCGGUAGAGAUUAUAAUUUUUUUCUACAAACAAAGAAAAAUCUUGAUAGAGCACUUCAGUUUAUUGUAAAUGAUUAUUAUCAAGGAUUUAAUAGUUCAAUUGGUACAUUUGGAGGAGUUAUUCAAAGUAUUGGAGAUUCCCAAGAAAGAGUAAAAGAAAUGAAAACAAGAUUAAAAUCAUGCAAAGAGGCUUUGUUAUCAAAACGAUCAGAUUUAUUUCAGUUGUGGAUACGUAGUCAACAAUAUAAGGAAAUGAUUCGAAUAUUGGAUUUAAUAGAAGAUUUUAAAGGCACACCUGAGAAAUUAGAAGGAUUGCUAAGAGAAAAACAUUUUCUUACUGCAUCUAAAUUAUUAUUGGAUUCAAUACGAAUGUUAGAUAGAAAAGAGAUGGUUGGAAUAGGUGCACUUUCAGAUUUACGACGAUAUUUAAAAGCACAACAUAGCUCACUUCACGAACUAUUAAUAGAGGAAUUGCAUGAUCACUUAUACGUGAAAAGUGCAUAUUGUGACAGUCGUUGGGUGAAAUAUAUAAAGGAUCAGAAAGAAUUACCUUCACCACUUAUGGAAUGGGAUGGACGAGAAAAUCGUAAAAUGACUUUGUCGGGCACAAAAAAUAAGAAGAAUUUACAAGUGAAUACGGGACAUGGCUUUAAUACACCAUUGAGUCCAAAAUCUCCCAAACCAUUUGGAAUAAUAUUUAAUGAAGAUGAAGAAAUAGCUAUUACUCAAAGAAUUCCAAUAGAAUUAUAUCAAUUGGUGGAUAAAACAGUUGCUGAGGUGGAAGAAAGAAAUGCUGAUACGAUCGCUAUAAUGAAAACAAAGAAAAAUGAUUCAGUAAAUGGCUUUUCACUUGAAUCACCUGAGAAUGAUACAUACAUGGAAAUAUUGAGAGAUCUAUUAUGGACACUUUACUCAAAAUUAGAUGCUGUGAUGCAAGGUCAUCGAUUUGUUGUUGAUAUUGUUGAAAUGAUAAGCAAGAGACCGGAAUAUUCUAAGAUAACUGCUGAACCCCAAAAGAUUAGACCUUAUCCAUUCUCUGAAAUUUGGAAACCUGUUCAAAGUGAAGUACGAACACUUUUACGUGAUUAUAUAACUGACGAUGAAAGAGAAACACAAAUGUUUAAAUUUGGAGAUGUUGAUGCGACAUCGAAUACAACCCUUGAUAAUCAAUAUGAAAUUGAAGUAAAAUCUUAUCUUCAAAAUUCACUUCCCGAGUUAUUUUCUAAGGUUCCCGAUGAAAGACAGUUAUCAGUAUUUGUGGUGGAUAGAUUUGCAAAUACAAAUAUAACUGCCGGACAUCGACUUGUAGUUUACCCAGAUGCAUUUAAUGUUUCAGUAUUGUUCAAACCCACGUUAGCUUUCUUAGAGAAAGUGAAAACCAUAAUACCUCCUGGUGCGAAUAGGUCUUCAGCAGAUUUCACAACAUUUCUUGAUGACUUUGUAUUCAAUGUAUUUUUGCCUCAGAUUGGUGACAAAUUAUUUGAUCUAUUUCAAAAAGCAACCAAUGAAGCCGAUGCUUUUCAAGAAGAUCCAGAUUAUAAGAAUUUUACCAAUAUGCCAGUAGUAAAAAGUACUUCAGCCUUAAUGAAGAUAGUUGAAAAAUUAUGCAUGAUGCUUCAUACCAUGUCAAAUCAUCAAGAAGAAUUUAGUCCAACUGUUACUAAAAAUUCUAGUGAAACAGAAGAACCAGAUGGUAGAAAUCAACCAGGAAUUAGUGCCACCUGGGUACAGCAAGAUCAAUUAACUGAAGUUUUGGGACAAUAUCCUUACCUUUUUGAUUCCGCAAAAAACCGUAGAAAACGUAAAGUUUUAUGUCAAAAGGAAAUCCAAGUUGAGAUGGAUUUGAAAAAAAAUAGAUUAAUUCGUUCAAGUGAAUUAAUUACAGAAAAUAAGAAAUUGAUGUCUUUAGGGUCUUUAUAUCACAGCUUGAAAUGGUUUAAUGCUAAGAUAUGGGAAAUGAGAGGACGCAGUGCAAAAUCAGCAAGUUCGAAUGCUAACGCGAUGGAUGAUAGUGGCUUGGCAAAAAUAAAUAAACGUUGGUCACAAUUUGGAGAAUUAACUAAUUUUGACGUUUCGCCAAAGGAAGAGAAAGACAACAAUGAAACUCAAGAUAAUACGAGUUUACCUUUAACUGGGGAAAUGGCAAAUCGACUUGAUGCUUUGCUAGCCACAUUCCAGCAACUAGCUGAACAAUGCUUAUUUACUUUGCGUGUAGAACUUCGUUGUCACGCGAUGUAUUAUCUUGAUUUAGCAACACGAGAGGGUAAUUAUCAGCUCGAUUAUGAAGCAUAUGAACCAGAUCCAUAUGUUUUAGCAUUGAAUGCUGGCAUGGCAAAAUUUGAAGAAAUUAUAUCAGUCAAUUUACCAUUAUUAGAGCGAAGGCAAGUCUUUUUAUAA